CUUUUCAUGGCUCCCAGGGAGCAGGUUCCCAUAAGGAUGCGUUUGGUGGGGCCACCCGCUGUGUCUACCACAUUCCCAGAGUCCCCUGAGCCAAGUCCUCAGGGACAGGAACUGGCUUGUGUGGUUGGCAGCGCCUGUGGGGGCCAGCCAGGGUGGUUGGGGGGCAGGACAAGACCCACCGGGUAGGCCGGCCCAGGCCACUUCCUCUCUUUGUUGUCCUCAUAUUUUCUUUUCCUCCUGAGAUUUAACUUGAAGACAACGUCACUAGCAGUUUCUGGAGCCACUUGCCAAGGCUGAGUGUGAGCUGAGCCUGCCCCGCCGCCAAGAUGAUCCUGAGCUUGCUGUUCAGCCUUGGGGGCCCCCUGGGCUGGGGGCUGCUGGGGGUAUGGGCCCAGGCUCCCAGUACUAGGCUGUCUGAUCUGCAGAGCUCCAGGCUACCUGGGGUCUGGAGGGCAGAGGCUGAGGACACCGGCAAGGAUCCCGUUGGACGUAACUGGUGCCCCUACCCGAUGUCCAAGCUGGUCACUUUACUAGCUCUUUGCAAAACAGAGAAAUUCCUCGUCCACUCGCAGCAGCCAUGUCCGCAGGGAGCUCCAGAGUGCCAGAGAGUCAAAGUCAUGUACCGCAUGGCCCACAAGCCAGUGUACCAGGUCAAGCAGAAGGUGCUGACCUCCUUGGCCUGGAGGUGCUGCCCUGGUUACACGGGCCCCAACUGCGAGCACCACGAUUCCAUGGCAAUCCCUGAGCCUGCAGAUCCUAGUGACAGCCACCAGGAACCUGGGGAUGGACCAGUCAGCUUUGAACCUGGCCACCUGGCUGCAGCGAUCAGUGAGGUUGAGGUGCAACAGGAACAGCAGGAACACCUUCUGGGAGAUCUCCAGAAUGAUGUUCACCAGGUGGCAGACAGCCUGCCAGGCCUGUGGAAGGCCCUGCCUGGUAACCUCACAGCUGCAAUGAUGGAAGCAAAUCAAACAGAGCACGAGUUCCCUGACAGAUCCUUGGAGCAGGUGCUGCUACCCCACGUGGACACCUUCCUACAAGUGCAUUUCAGCCCCAUCUGGAGGAGCUUUAACCAAAGCCUGCACAGCCUUUCCCAGGCCAUAAGAAACCUGUCUCUUAAUGUGGAGGCCAACCGCCAGGCCAUCUCGAGAGUCCAGGACAGUGCCGUGGCCAAGGCUGACUUCCAGGAGCUUGGUGCCAAAUUUGAGGCCAAGGUCCAGGAGAAUGCUCAGAGAGUGGGUCAGCUGCAGCAGGACGUGGAGGAUCGCCUGCACGCCCAGCACUUUACCCUGCACCGUUCGAUCUCAGAGCUCCAGGCCGAUGUGGACACCAAAUUGAAGAGGCUGCACAAGGCUCAGGAGGCCCCAGGCACCAAUGGCAGCCUGGUGCUGGCAACGCCCCAGGCUGGGGCAAGGCCUGAGCCAGAGAGCCUGCAGGCCAGGCUGGGCCAGCUGCAGAGGAACCUCUCAGAGCUGCACAUGACCACGGCCCGCAGGGAGGAGGAGUUUCAGUACACCCUGGAGGACAUGAGGGCCACCCUGACCCGGCACGCGGAUGAGAUCAAGGAACUGUACUCCGAAUCCGACGAGACCUUCGAUCAGAUUAGCAAGGUGGAGCGGCAGGUGGAGGAGCUGCAGGUGAACCACACGGCGCUCCGUGAGCUGCGCGUGAUCCUGAUGGAGAAGUCUCUGAUCAUGGAGGAAAACAAGGAGGAGGUGGAGCGGCAGCUCCUGGAGCUCAAUCUCACGCUGCAGCACCUGCAGGGUGGCCAUGCCGACCUCAUCAAGUACGUGAAGGACUGCAACUGCCAGAAGCUCUACUUAGACCUGGACGUCAUCCGGGAGGGCCAGAGGGACGCCACGCGUGCCCUGGAGGAGACCCAGGUGAGCCUGGACGAGCGGCGGCAGCUGGACGGCUCCUCCCUGCAGGCCCUGCAGCGCCUGAGCAACGACGUCAAGCGUGUCGGGCGGUGCUGUGAGGCCGAGGCCGGGGCUGCCUCCCUCAACGCCUCCCUUGACGGCCUCCACGACGCACUCUUCGCCACCCAGCGCAGCUUGGAGCAGCACCAACGGCUCUUCCACAGCCUCUUUGGGAACUUCCAAGGACUCAUGGAAGCCAACGUCAGCCUGGACCUGGGGAAGCUGCAGACCAUGCUGAGCAGGAAAGGGAAGAAGCAGCAGAAAGGCCUAGAAGCUCCCCGAAAGAGGGACAAGAAGGAAGCGGAGCCUUUGGUGGACACGCGCGGCACAGGGCCUGUGCCGGGUGCCUUGGGCGCGGCGCUCUGGGAGACAGGAUCCCCUGUGGCCUUCUAUGCCAGCUUUUCAGAAGGGACGGCUGCCCUGCAGACAGUGAAGUUCAACUCUACGCACAUCAACGUUGGCAGCAGCUACUUCCCUGAACAUGGCUACUUCCGAGCCCCUGAGCGUGGUGUCUACCUGUUUGCAGUGAGCGUUGAAUUUGGCCCAGGGCCAGGCACUGGGCAGCUGGUGUUUGGAGGUCACCAUCGGACUCCGGUCUGCACCACUGGGCAGGGGGGUGGAAGCACAGCAACGGUCUUUGCCAUGGCUGAGCUGCAGAAGGGUGAACGAGUGUGGUUUGAGUUAACGCAGGGAUCAAUAACAAAGAGAAGCCUGCCGGGCACUGCAUUUGGGGGCUUCCUAAUGUUUAAGACCUGAAGCCAGCCCCGAUCUGAUCAGACAUCAUGGACUCGCCCAGCUCUCCCUGGCAUGGGACUCUGGCCAAGGAUGGGCAGGAGGUCAUUCAGUUGGUCUGUCUUUUCCCUGGAAACCUUCUGCAAAGACAGUGUGGUGUAUGUGGCCUCCCUCUAGCUGCACGGGGCUUGGCCACUUCUCCAGGAUGAGAAGGACUGGAAUGCUUCUCCGGACAGGACAUGGUCCUAGGAAGCCUGAACCUUGGCUUGGCAUGCCUUCUCAGACAGCCUGGCCUGGGCUCCAACUCUUCGCCACACCCUGUAUUCUACAACUUCUUUGGUAUUUUGCUCCUCCUGUGGUUGGAAACUUCUGUACAACACUUUAAACUUUUCUCUUGCUUCCUCUUCUCUUCUCCCUAAUCGUAUGACAGAAAGAUAUUCUUUCCCAGGAAGAAUGUUUAAAAUGGAGGCAACAUUUUGGCCAACACUGGAAAGCACUAGAGGGCAAUGGGAUUAAACCAACCUGCUUGGUCUUUAUUAGUAAUGGAGAUGACAGUCUGGCCAAUCAAGGGAAAGGAAAUUAGUACCUUUAGUUUCAGUCAUUCCUUGUAUGAUAUGGUUUGGCUGUGUCCCCACCUGAAAUAUCAUCUUGAAUUGUAAUCCCUAUAAUCCCCACAUGUCAAGGGAGAGAUCAGGUGGAGGUAAUUGGAUCUUGGGACAGUUCCCCCAUGCUGUUCUCGUGAUAGUGAGUUCUCAUGAGAUCUGAUGAUUUUAUAAGUGUUUGGUAGUUCCUCCUGUGUUCAUUCUCCUUCCUGCCACCUUGUGAAGAAGGUGCCUUGGUUCCUCUUUGCCAUCUGCUGUGAUUGUAAUAAGUUUCCUGAGGCCUCCCCAGCCUUGAGGAACUGAGUCAAUUAAACCUCUUUCCUUUAUAAAUUACCCAGUCUUGGGCAGUUCUUUAUAGCAGUGUAAAAAUGGACUAAUACAUUUGUAUUAAUCUGUAAUUUAAAUUUCAUGUCUCUUUCUCCUUGCCUUACAUAAAGGCCAAGACAUGCCAAACAUGAACUAAAAUGUGUAGGGCCUUCACCUUUUUUACUUCCUCCAGUAUCUUGGGACCAUCGUAAUUCUUGUUAGCAUCUCUAACCGGGAGGCAGCUGAGGGAGGAGGGAAGGAAGACUGUAAAAAAUCCCCCUCAAUGAUGAUCAAAUUUGGAAUAAAGUGAUGCCCUUCAAA